GGCCGGCGCGGCGGCGGCGGCGGAGCCCGGGCCGGCGCGGGGCUAGGGCGGCGGCAGCAGGAGCGGCUUUGGCGGAAGAUGGUGGCGCUGGAGGUAGGCGCGCCCGGAGCGGGGCUCCAUUCCCGGUAGCGCCGCCUGCUCCCGCGGACCCAGCUGUCAGGCCAGGCGGGCGAAGCACCAUGAGCGCGCAGUGAGUCGGCCCAGCCUCUCUCGCAGCCUUCCCCGACGACGCCCACCAUGAACCCCUUGGAGGGGGCCGCGGAGGAGGUGGAGGUGACCGACGAGGCGGCAGGCGGGGAGGUGAACGAGUCGGUGGAGGCCGACCUGGAGCGCCCGGAGGUGGAGGAAGAGCAGCAGCCGCAGCAGCCGCAGCGGCGGCACCAUGUGGGCCGGCCCCCGCGCGCGCUCGCCGCCGUCGAGGACCCCCGCACCCAGCCCGGGGGACCUCCUCCUCCUCCUCCGGAGGAAGAGGAGCGCGGGGAGUGCCUGGCGCGCUCGGCCAGCACGGAGAGCGGCUUCCACAACCACACGGACACGGCCGAGGGCGACGUGAUCGCAGCGGCCCGCGAUGGCGAAGGCGAUGGCGAUGGCGGCGGCGAUGGUGACCCGGAGCGCACGCCGGACCCCGAGGACGAGAGCGCCUACGCCGUGCAGUACCGGCCCGAGGCCGAGGAGUACACGGAGCAGGCGGAGGCCGAGCACGCCGAGGCCACGCACCGCCUGGCGCUGCUGCCCAACCACCUGCACUUCCACUCGCGGGAGCACGAGGAGGCGGUGAGCGCGGCCUACUCGGGCUACGUGUACGCGCACCGGCUGUUCCACCGCGGCGGCGGCGGCGAGGACGAGCCCUACGCCGAGCCCUAUGCAGACUAUGGCGGCCUGCAGGAGCACGUGUACGAGGAGAUCGGGGACGCGCCCGAGCUGGACGCGCGCGACGACGCGGAGGCCGCUGCGUACCGCCAGGAGGCUCUGGGCGCGCGGCUGCACCACUACGACGAGCGCUCGGACGGCGAGUCCGACAGCCCCGAGAAGGAGGCCGAGUUCGCCCCUUACCCGCGCAUGGACAGCUACGAGCAGGAGGAGGACAUCGACCAGAUCGUGGCCGAGGUCAAGCAGAGCAUGAGCUCGCAGAGCCUCGACAAGGCGGCCGAGGACAUGCCGGAGGCCGAGCAGGACCUGGAGCGCGCCUCCACCCCCGGCGGCGGCCACCCCGACAGCCCCGGGCCGCCGGCCCCGCCUGGGCAGCAGCAGCAGCAGCAGCGGGCGGCGGCGGGCACCGUGGUGGUGGGCGAGGCCGUGCAGCGGUACAGUAAGGAGAAGAGGGAUGCCAUCUCGCUGGCCAUCAAGGACAUCAAGGAGGCCAUCGAGGAGGUGAAAACCAGGACCAUCCGUUCGCCUUACACCCCCGACGAGCCCAAAGAGCCCAUCUGGGUCAUGCGCCAGGACAUUAGUCCCACCAGAGACUGCGAUGACCAGAGGCCGGGGGAUGGAGAUUCACCCUCUCCGGGCAGCUCCUCGCCCCUGGGCGCAGAGUCUUCGAGCACACCCCUUCAUCCCGGCGACCCCGCGGAAGGCUCCACCAACAAAGAGUCAAGAAAAAGCUUGGCAUCAUUCCCAACCUACGUUGAAGUUCCCGGACCUUGUGACCCCGAAGACUUAAUCGAUGGGAUCAUUUUUGCUGCUAAUUACCUUGGCUCCACCCAGCUGCUCUCCGACAAGACUCCCUCCAAAAACGUGCGCAUGAUGCAGGCCCAGGAGGCGGUGAGCAGGAUCAAGAUGGCCCAGAAAUUAGCCAAAAGCAGGAAGAAGGCUCCUGAAGGCGAAUCUCAGCCAAUGACCGAAGUGGACCUCUUCAUUUCUACGCAGAGAAUCAAAGUAUUGAACGCAGACACACAGGAGACCAUGAUGGACCACCCUCUGAGGACCAUCUCCUACAUCGCCGACAUCGGGAACAUCGUCGUGCUGAUGGCCCGCCGGCGGAUGCCGCGCUCCAACUCCCAGGAGAACGUGGAGGCCUCGCACCCGUCCCAGGACGGGAAAAGGCAGUACAAGAUGAUCUGCCACGUCUUCGAGUCUGAGGACGCCCAGCUGAUCGCACAGUCCAUCGGGCAGGCCUUCAGCGUGGCUUACCAGGAAUUCCUCAGGGCCAACGGGAUUAACCCCGAGGACCUCAGCCAGAAGGAGUACAGCAACCUGCUCAACACCCAGGACAUGUACAACGACGACCUGAUCCACUUCUCCAAGUCGGAAAACUGCAAAGAUGUCUUCAUAGAGAAGCAGAAAGGCGAGAUCCUGGGCGUGGUGAUCGUGGAGUCCGGCUGGGGCUCCAUCCUGCCGACCGUGAUCAUAGCCAACAUGAUGCAUGGCGGGCCCGCCGAGAAGUCGGGGAAGCUGAAUAUCGGGGACCAGAUCAUGUCCAUCAACGGCACCAGCCUGGUGGGCCUGCCUCUGUCCACCUGCCAGAGCAUCAUUAAGGGCCUGAAGAACCAGGCCCGGGUGAAGCUGAACAUUGUGAGGUGCCCGCCGGUGACCACCGUGCUGAUCCGGAGGCCGGACCUUCGCUACCAGCUGGGUUUCAGCGUCCAGAACGGAAUUAUCUGCAGCCUCAUGCGAGGGGGCAUCGCCGAGAGGGGAGGCGUCCGCGUGGGGCAUCGGAUCAUCGAGAUCAACGGGCAGAGCGUGGUGGCCACCCCGCACGAGAAGAUCGUCCACAUCCUCUCCAACGCUGUGGGGGAGAUUCACAUGAAGACGAUGCCGGCUGCCAUGUACAGACUGCUGACGGCCCAGGAGCAGCCCGUGUACAUCUGAGGCCGCACCGCCGCCCAGCGCAUGCAUGGAGGACUCUCCUCGCUUGUGGUUGUGUUUCUCGUGCUGCAUCUGUGUGCCCUCUGAGCCUCCCCCUCGUGCCCUCCCUAGGUCUCACACAGGAAGGGGGGCCUCCGGAAAGACUGUGCUCUCUCUCGGCCUCUCCUGUUUACUUUUCAGCACCAGGAAGGAUCUGUGUGCACUCCUCUGAGGCUGGAGAGCGGCCUGUAUCCACCUGGUGUCUGCCCAGGACUGGACUGUCCCGAGGGCCCCCAGGGCCCAGGAGGGCUGGCACCGCCCGAGGGGGAAUGCUCCCUUCCCAGGAGGGGCCGGCCUCUUCCAGGCGCCCGGAGGGGCGGCAGGAAGCUGACUCCGCAGUGCCUGCGAGCCCCUCGCUGAUCUCCGCUCUCCUCGAGUGCCUGUGUGGGCAUCUGCGGUCACAGACAGGCCCACCACGGACCUGGGUGCCCUCCAUCCUUUCUGCCCAGGGUUUCUCAGCCACCUAAGGCCCCUUGUGUAGGUCUAACGUCAGCACAGCUGUUUCCUAACGGGAGCCCCUCCCCCAAGAAUGGCACCCCGGGUUGGCAGUUCCUGGGACAUCAUUGUGUCCAGGUGGUCCUGAGGUGACACAGGUAGAUGAACGUGGACAGGUGCCGUCUGCCUCCAUCAUGUCACCCACGGGUAUGUAACACAGUCUCGCUGGCAUUUAUAUCCUCCUCCUCCUCCUCCUCCUCCUCUUCCCCUCCACCCGGGUGGCACCCAGAGCCCCUGGAGACCCCCCAUUACCUCUGUGUGCGACCCCUGGGCUGGUCAGCUCUGUCCUGGGAGAGACGCCCUUCAUUGGCUCAGGCCCAGCCCUGCCAGCACCACCUUGGCUCAGUAUUCUGGUGGCUCCCCUUCCUCCCCCACCCCUGCUCCACACGCGCGCAGACACGCAGACACACACACACACACACACACACACACACACAGGGAGCCUGGGGAGGUGGGACUGCUCACCUGGAAGAUGGGGGCGCACGUGUGUCCGUGUGACAUUCCUCCUCCGCUCAGGGCCACUAGGCAGGCUGGGACCUGGGAACGGCCGGAGAGCACACAAACCAGAGAACUAAGGGGACAACCGUGACCUCCAGCUACGCCCGAGUCCCCAGCGUGUUCCCCUCACUGCCCCGUGGGCCUGAGCGUGUCAUCGCUGUGGAGGGUGACUUUUUUUUUUUUUAAAUCCGGUGCCUCCUGUGUAUGAGUCCCUUCUCAGUUGGGUGAAAAUAUUUUAAUUUUAUUCUGAGUCAGUGUUUACUUAUUCUUUGGUCCAAAGAGCAUUUUGUUUUCACGUGGACGGGGUGUGGCUUGUUGUUUUUUGUUGUUGUUGUGUUGUGUUCUUGACCUCCGCAGAGACGGGGAAGAGAGAAACUAAUAUGUUUUAUAAUGUUGUUAAUAUAGUCCCUGUUCUCUGCACAUGGGAUAUUUACGUUGUGCUUGUGGACGAAGGAAUGCGGUGGGCACACGUUGGGUAGUAUGUAUUUAUAGAUCCAGUGGGGAGGGGUCGCAGGGAGGGAGAAGAGCGGAUAUAAAGACGUGAGGACCAGGAGACUCGGACCAGACAGACAGCUGUGUUCCCUCUGUUCCCUGGGGAUCUCUGUACCUUUUGAGUUUCCUGCCUCAGGUCAGGAAGGCCGAAUGUUUCAAAGCCGCCGGCGGGCGGGCGCUGGGUGUGUGUCAGCGAGCGCUGGGAGAAGGGGCUGCGCUGUCCUCUGGGGGAGCCGGUGGGCAGUCAGGAACCACGGGUCCAGUUCCCACUUUCCAAUUGUCCGGUGUGUGGUACUGUAAUGAAGCACUACAGAGUCGUUAAGCUCGGCGUCCUCUGCCAGAGAGAGAGAGAGGUAAGACCUGGAUGCAGCGGUAUUGGUGUGUCUCAGGCCUCGGCAGCCUGGGAAAGCCCCCAGGGUGGCCGCGGGCCGCCUGCCCGUUCAGAAGCCGCCCAGAUGGGCCGGGCCAGGAACUCGCUAGCUUGUCCCUGCGAGCCUCCCUGUAAUCACAGUGACGUGUCUUUCCCCAAAGAGGGAGGAGAGUCCUCUCUACGCUGCUGCCCGGGAAACCUCGGCAGUUGGCCAGGGGCUGGGAAAGCCAACUCGAUAAGCUGGCCUAGCGGAGGAUCACAAUAUUCCCCACCACCCUCCUUCCUGCUAGGAGCGGCCCCCGCACGCACAGCGAGCACACGUUUACGGAGCUCGGUACACGGUCACCCGCUGGAGGGAGGAAGGGCAGUCCCUGUGGUGAACCAGGAGGCAGGGCCUUACCUGUUAGAAGCUCCGAUUUUGAAAGCCCCCCCCCCGCGGGAAGUGGUGGUCGGUGUCCCCUGACGUUCUGGGAUGAGUAGCUGUACAUGUGACAUCCGGACACCGUGUGCUGGGCAAGACCGUGUACCGAGCAUCCCAAACACGGCCUGGGUGCAGAGCUGCUCCGUGAGGCAUGCUGAUGACUCGCAGCCAGGAUGCACCAGAACCCACCCCACCCGCCUUCUCAGAUCCGACCAUUUCAGGGAGCCACCCUCAGCCUCGGGUUCCCAGGUGGAGACCCUUCCCCUCACCGUAGCGGGCUCUGCGGGGCCUGGGGAGUCCAUCCUCAGGGGGAUGGACUCGGAGGCCCUGCAGACAGCUCUGCUUUGUGAACACGACCCAUGCACACCGGCCUCUGAGGGUCCCAGAGUAACCUACUACCUCCCCCAUCGCUCCCGUCACCCCCACGCCCCGCCCGCACGCUGAGGACACCAUCCACGAGCCACAGAGCCAGGGGGUGGCUGUCACCAAUGUUUACAACCAAGGGCCACCUCCCCGCACACCUGUUCACGCUCCCACUCACACGCCCCUUGUUUUGAGAUUAUCUGCUCCUUCCCUGGUUUGGCUGACCUAUACACACACACACACACACACCCUGAAGGCAGUGAGGAGGGACGGUGCGGGAAGGAGGUUUUGUGGACGCGCCCAGCACAGCCCCUCCAGGACGAACCUGUACUAUUUGUUCUGUAAAGAGGAUAGAGCAGAGCUUAUUGUAAAAGCAGUGGGAGAAUAUAGUAUUGUUAUUUGUACCGAUAUCGUUCUUUGUAUACACAGAACUCGAUGAUCUCUAUAUAUAGAUAUAAAUAAAUAUAUAAAUAAAGUAUAUAUACACACGUGAGCCCAGAAUGUGGACACCGCACCCACUGAAUGUAACUUCCCCCCACAGUCCGGUCACUGGCCCCGCCCGCCCGCCCUCCCCUCCUCCGUGGUGUGCUGGGGGUUGUGAUGUAUUUAAUGUGUUCUCUUCCUUUAUUUAACGGAACGCUAAUGUCUGUAAGAGUUGCUGCAACAAUAAACAGGAACUUCACCUCUUGA